AUGGGUGACUCGAGGCCGAUCGCGCCAGGUCGUGUGAUCCUGGUGUGGUACGGGGGCGGGGAGGCGUACUGGCACGAGCGCCUCCUGUUCUGCCAGGUCCAGGGAACGAUCUGGGUCAUCGCAACGCCUAGUGACGACAUCUACCCAGAGAAUAUCCGGGCGUUGGGUGGCCGACCUUGUGUCCGAGAGUCCGUGCCGCCGGCGAUCCCCGCCCACGCGCUGCUGCACCGAUUCCCGCUGUUCGGGCGGCUCCACACGAACGACGAGUGGCGCUACAUCUUCGGCGACGGGAUCGCGACCGCGCCUACGCGGCGGGUGGCCAUGGGGAUCGACGGCCCCGCGGCGGACGCCGAAGCGGCUGCUGUUCGCGACUCUGUGGCUGACCAUGGCUGGGGUGCUGGCAUUGGGCUGCCUGGAGGUCAGGCCGCUGCGGUAACUCCCGCCGUGGGUGAAUUGGUCGUCCCCGCUGGUGCGGGGCCGCCGCCGGCUGCCGCGGGGCCUCAGGACUGGAGCGUGGAUGCAAGUGCCAUCAUCCAGUGGGAGUCCGCCCUCGUCAAGCUGGGAUCGGCCACCAUCAUCCCGGAGUGCAUCGCCGUGGGCAGCAAGGCCAACCUCCUCGAGGCAAGGAAGGGGGAGCUGGAGAUGGCGGUGGCGGCUGCGCCCCCACCUGGAGGCCUGGCGGCGGCCAUGGCGGUCCCGCCCGCGAUCGCCCCAGCCGCGUCGGCUGGUUCAGAGGUGCUGGCUCAAGACGCUCGAAUGGGCCAGCGCUUCCGACCCUACGGCGAUGGCGUUGGCCUGUUGGAGGAAUCGACAUGGGCGGACUUCCCCAUCCAGGGCUCGAGCACCACCCUGUGGCUCUGUGAGCUCAUCCGUGACCAGGGUUGUGUGCCUCGGACCAGUACGGAGAAGGGGAUGCGAGAUGCUCGCGUCCCAGGCAAUGGCAGGGUCAAGUAUGAGCAUGGCAGCCCCGUGGAGAUCCUGGAGUGGGCCAUCACCUACGACAAGUUGGGCGUGUCGGCGCUGGCAUCCUUCGAGCUGCUGGCAAGAAGGAUUGUGCUGCUGAAUGAAGCCUACACCGCCAACCCGAAGUCGCCACGUUUCAAGGGAAGCGAGCACUUCCAGGGCCUGGGCAAGAAGGCUGCAGCAGUGGCGCCGCAGCUCACCUCGCACGUUGCUCUACAGCUUCAGGGCGAGGCGCAGAUCCAGAAGGAACGACUCAUGGCUCGCGAGGAGGCGACCCUUGCGAGGAAGGGCUAG